AAGGAAGGCGCAACACUCGCUCUGGCGAACAUAACCACUGCUAACAACACAAACUGCGGGUAAGUUUAUUUGUUUUUAGAUGUUUGCUGACCAAGUCAGACACUCAUUCCGUUUCCCUAUCAUAUUAAAAGAAAUCUAAGUAUAAAAUGAAAGAAAAAACAGUGUUGACUUAAGAACCUCCUCUGUUAACCCUUUCACUCUUAUCGGUGACCAAAGUAAAAAUUCGCAAAAAUUCCCAUUUUUUUAGUACUACGUGAAAGUUCGACCGAAGAGGUUUCGCAUGAAUGGCAAGUCGCCCGAAAGUCAUCUCUCGUUUUAAAGUCGAACGUCAUCUUAGGGUGAAAUUUUGAUAAAAGCAAAUUCUCCCGCCGUGGGAUAUUCCAGAAAUAUGACUAUGACUUACGUUAACAAUAGCUUUCACAGGAGCGCAAUAAACGUGAUACAGUGGGAAGUUCUCCUGACGGACACUCUCGUAAGCGGACAGCUCUACUUACAGCCGCCUUCACAUAACCCCGUUUUUCUUAACUCCUAUACAAACUCUGUAUUUUUACAUUCCCAAAAGCGGCCAGUUCCAGUUAAGGACACUUUUUUCGCGUUCCGAGGAUAUCCGCUUACGAGAGCUUUCGCUUACGGUCCGUUUUGACGUUUUAUGUGUUUCUAGUGACGUGGUAGACAAGGGAGGUGUUGAACCGCUGGUCACUCUUCUGAAUGACCCCAAGCAGCUGGUUCAAGCCAAUGCUGCUGUGUGCCUCACCAAUCUAGCUACUGAAGGUAUGUUAAGGUACAGUUUUUGUAGGGGAGGGGAGAGUGGAAGGGGUGUAAGUGGUGUGCAGUAUUGAAUUUCCCCUACCCCACUCCUCACUUUUAUCUUCAAUUCGAUCAAAGUACACUGGAGUUAUCCGUUAUCUCAUUUUUUGUCCUUGAAUUAGUUGGAUCAGCAAUAGAGAGCUUCAGAUUUGAGAACGAGAAAGAGUACGAGUACAGGAUUUAACUUAAAAGUUUUUGAGCGUGUUCUCCAAAAAAAAAAGAUACCCUGGAAAGCUUCAUUUUACUUUUUUGCACCAAAAAAGUUAGUACGGUUAUUUAUACUGAAGGAGGUGAAGCCCUCUCCCAAUAGCAAAAUGAUAAAACUUCUUACAUUUGAUGAUUUGUUCCCGCCACUAAGACAUUCUCGCUAAAACUCGUAGUAGAAUGACGACGCCUAUCACGUUUUCCCGCCAAAAUGACGCAGAUUCACGCGCGAGCAAUACUCAGUAUUGAGAAAAUAUCGUACUCAUAGUCGUCGUUGUCUCAGAAUCUAACGUUCUCUAAUGGUUUUGUGUUUCCUAAAAUUCCUCAUUGGUUUCGUGAAUCUUCUUUUAGAGUCUUGGAGAUCCGAGAUUCAGCAGAGAGGAGUUGUUCCAGCUCUUGUCCAAGCGUUACAGUCUAAGUAAGUAGAAACAUUUUGAAAAUCCAGAAUACCUUUGUUCAGGACGAAUUAUCUCUGAUUAUGAUAGCCGAUAAACGUAGUGAAUUUUGUAAUGUGAAACUCAUAAGAACCUGUUCGUACGUAGCGGUCACACAUGAACCUGUAGUGAAUAGCCCAAUUCUUACCAUGAAAUUUAUAACUGGACAACUUCAACCAGAUCUUCAAGUGAUGAAUAUUAUUUCUUUUGUACAGUGCCGCAAUAGUACAAAGUAAAGCUGGAAUCGCUGUGGCUGCCUUCGUGUGCGACGCUGACUCAAGAAAUGAGGUGAGCAUAACACUGACUUUUAGAGUCCAUUCUAAAGGUUUGUAUUGUAAUUAUGAUCGGUAAAUCUUAACUUAAAAGGAGUUUUCCCUUCUGAUACUUGACAAUAUUAAAGGGGUUCAGAAUGCGGUUCACAUGCGAACAAGUACGAUUACACCUAACCCAUCUAUUGACCUUGCACUUACGCUAUGCUACUGAGCGAAAAAGACCACAACGCGCGAAAAAAAAAGAAUAGAAGGACAAAACAUUUCGAUUACAAUCUACGUACUACUUUUGAUUCCAGCUUCCUCUUGCAAAGUGAUGGUUGCGACUCAAACUGUCUUUCUAGUUGCACUUGUCAACCUUCAAAUUACUGUGACAGUAGGGAACUUAAGCAAACAAGAACGCUGACGUCUGGGGCCAGCUUGCAUAAAACGUUCUUAAGAUAAGAGGGUUCUUAACUUUUGUUCUAGAACAAUAACCUAUUGUUUUGAAAUAAUAGUUACGAGUUCCGUUAAUCUUAAGAUGUUCUUUUGCAACCCGAUCCCGGACGUCAUGAAUAGCAACUGGAAGUUCGAUGUCUCGCACAACGAAUCUGAAUUCCUUUGUUUUGACUCCUGCUCAACGAAUUUGUACAGUCAGAACACUGAAAGAGAGAAAUCAACUUUUGACGCUCGGGACGUCGACGUUCUCGUUGCUUAAGGUCCCUAGUUACUAUUAAUAUAAACCCUAGAACAUGUUGAAAACCUUAACGCUUAUAUUUUGGACGUGUAAUGUAGGCUAUCACUACCAGAAGUUCAUAUUGUUUUCUUUCUCAUUUGCUCUGACAGUUCCGCGCGGAAGGUGGCCUUCCUCGUUUGGUUGAGUUAUUGCGUUCAGGCAAUGACGAUGUAAGACGGAGCGUGGCCUGGGCCGUGCUUCAGUGUGGUAACGAUUUACCAACCGCUACGGAGAUUUGUAGACUGGGGUGAGAAAAAAUUUUGCGAAAGAAAUUUUAAUUUUAUUCUUUUUGAUUUUCUUUUUUUUUUUAAAGUUUUCAAGAAGAACCUAAAUCAGGAGAUGAGCUUCUGCCUAAAUCUGAUGCUCAGCUGAUAAAUGGGGUGUUAACAAUGUUUUUGCGAGUUUUUGUCCGUAAUUUAGUUGUAUGAUGCAGUUCGGUUAUUUUAUUUUUAUGUUAUAUUUUUUCGCCUUUCGUUAACUGGGUAAGUUGUGGUUAAAACUUUUUGAUGGUUUAAAAUUUUGUCAUAGCUUAAGACAAAGGCAAAAACUUUAAGCUGAUUUUUGUGAGAAAUUUCAAAUCAUGCAAAAAUGUUAAACAUGUGCAUAUUGGCCCAUAAAUCGGCCUUAACCCUUUAAGCCGUGAGAGUGAUCAGAAUGAAAUUCCUCCUUGUAAUAUCCCUGCUCUAUAAAAUAAGGUGAUCAGGAGAAUUGAGGAUCAAUGAUCACAAAGGAUGAAUCUAAUUGAUGCUUCAACAAAUUUCUCCCCACUACUUCUAGUGAAUGAAAACUUAUAGGGACAGCCAAUGAGAAUUUGAGUUUUGAUAUUAGGGUUUGUUUUCUUUAAUCUGUAGUGGUUUGGAUGUGUUAGGAGAGAUUUCCUUGUCCAGUUCCCGCCAGUCUGGUUUUGCGAAAGCCGCCAUGGAAUGUCUCCUGGACAGUAACCUUCCCGCAAAGUACGCUCUGACGGGCUGUCUAAGUUCUAACAACAUCAUACAGGAUGGAUUCUACGAUUGUGGACCGGUAAAACAUUCUGUUCAAGUUAAGCGCAAAGAUCGCUCUAGCAAUUUAUAAGACAGAACGGCAGAAAGUGUCUCGGCAGUCGGUUGGAGAGACCACGAUGGCGUACUUGUUUUUGUAGCGGAUAAGUAGUGAGAAAAUUUUACAAAACAGAGCAGCUGGGAUUAAAAUUUGCAACGUGAUAGUUCUUUCUACUCUUGGUUGAUCUCUCUCCACCGUCUUUCCUUUACCGCUGACUCUCACUUUCACUUUCCGCCCGAAGAAAAGUAAACAUUUAACAAACAAAAGUAUAGAAAUUGUAAUAAUAAUAAAUUAAACACGCACCAAUAAGAACUUGUCUUCGGGUUUUACACGCUGUCCAACUUUUGUAGCUGGUUUAUGCAGCCGCAAAGCUCUGUAAUAUGUCUCGAAAUGCUAGUCACAAGACUUUUGCUCAUUUCAAACAAAAUUCUACAGCCAAUUCUUUUUAGUGACGUCAUAAACGGUUUUGACGCAACGCACGCGCAUGUAUUUUUCUCGCUUCGCGCGCACCUCACGCUGCCUUACGGAAAAGAGAAAAAACGGAAUUCUCGAACGUUAACCCUUUUGACUGAGUUUGCUGUCGAGGAAACGUCAUAAACAGUUUUGACGUACGCAGGCGCAUAUUUUUUGUGCUUCACGCGCACCUUACGGGAAACUAUAACAUAAAGCAUAAACUCAAUCCAGAAACGGCUUCCAAAGUUUUAUAGUUUGAUUCGUUUGGGGCAAAUCUUAUACACAGUAAAAAGAACACAAUUCAUGAACAGUAAAGUGAAAAGUUGUUUGUGGCAUUCAGUCAAGUUCAUGAGAUAAGAAACGUUUAAGGUAACUCAACAACAAAUUUUUAGAAUGAAGCUAAUUGUGGUGUGGUUAUGUAUUUGUUUAGAUUCGCCCUGAUAGCAGGUUCUUGACACUUGAGGAGCUCAGUUCACAGCCAACAGAUGCUCACCGACCGAUAAUUCUGGUCAACUCCAAAAACCCCGAAAGGUAAGCCAUUACGACGAGUAGUUUCAAUAUCUCAUUACCAAGUAAUCAAGAGAUUUCUCCAAUUCUUUUACUUUCGAGAUUAUCUAUGAGUUAUGCUCAAAUCCAAAGUUUGGCUUUGAAAAUACUGCCGACGACGUUUCUUGACACGGCUACACUUUGGGAUUUUAUCCACGGACUCAAAUGGCAGACCCACGUUGUACAGCAUAAUAUCUAGCAUCGUUGGAAAGCUUGCAUUUGAAUGAUCAACUUUACGGAUUUUAUCCACAGAAUCAAAAAUAGUACCACUGGAAAGUACUGCUCAAUUGCUUUCAUUUGAAUGCUCUCGCCAUAGGUUUUUUGAGUAGAGGAGACCUUGUGAUAUGAUUUUCGUCUGUGAGCUUCCAAGCCUGUUCAUCGUUGCAUUUGUUUGUAUUUGUUUUCUUCCUUUCGUUUCUUCAGAAAAACUCCUUCGCCAGUUCUCGCUCCCAAAGAGCCAGAAAAAAGCCCAGAGAGACUCGCAAAGGGUUCAAAAUCCAGCAAAGACUUGAAGAGGUUAGUAACCAUGGUCUUGUUGUUCUUCUACUUUAUUGCGAACAAUAAAGAAGGUCGAUACUUCUGCGAAGAGCAGAGUUUCAUUAUUUCUGUGGGAAAGCCAGGUUUCUUUUCACUCAACACUUCUACCUUUUUGCUGAAAGACUUUUGUCACACACGCUGAUUUUGCAAGAGUCUACAGUCAUCUGUUUUAAAACGUAAACCAUUGGCGCAGUACUCGGUGAGGGGCCUUUAAGAGUGUCAAAAAGACUGACUGACGCAGGGGUUUUGAGGGGAGCUCGUAUUUCGUCCCUCCCCACAAACGCCUGCUCAACCGAGAACAACAUUCCUUUCCCAAGCGUAGCCAAUCACAUUGUACUUUCCAUAUUCUGGAAGGUUGACCUUGACCGCAGGGUAACCCGAUAAAUACUCGAUCUGCAUGAAACUCUAGGAAAGCUUUAUGACCUCUAAUAAAUGUUAGACUCAGAGCGACAAAAGUAAGAUGUAGUCAGAUUUUAGAAUACUCCGUGCACUGCAUAACCUUAGGGAAGGCCCUACUACCAUUAGCGCUAUAAAUACCGCCGAGGGUAAAUAAAGAAAUUAUUAUUAUUAAGGAAAAAUGUAACUCUGGGGUCACGUUUUUACACCACGAGUUUCUGAAUAGUGUUUAGCCUGUCAACACUUUAUUUCAAAACUGUUGAUUGGUCACUUACCACGCGAAUGAAAGGAAUGUUGUUCUCGGUUGAGCAGGUGUUUGUGGGGAGGGAAGAAAUACGAGCUUCCCGAAAAACUGACAAGUGGCAGUGACCAAUUAUUCAUGGCGUCCGCUUAAGUUAAGUUUCCGUUUUUAAAGAGAGAGUUACUUGUAUCUCAGCCUGUUUUGACAGAUUGCUUAUUCUUCUUUCCUUUCCUUCAGUAAAAGUAAGAUCGUGCGUGAACGAGAGGAGCAAAAACAAAAGGAAGAAGAGGCCGCUUUGUCCGAGGUCUCAGCCACGCAACAAGAAGAGGUACCCACCUGGCAGCCCCCUACUGAUGAGGUGCUACAUGGUUAUAUUGAGGAGGUUCGGAACACUAUCCAACCCCUUAGCAGCAGUAGCGAGCAGAUAGUAGCACUUGCAAGGUAAGUAUUAAUAACUAUAUGGGACUUAACCCUUUGACACCCAAAAGUGACCAACAUCAAUUUUCUCCUAACAAUAACCAUAGAUUGUCAAGAGAAAUGGUCAUAAGAAUGAAUAAAAUGAUCACCAAAGAGAAAAUGCUUUGAUCUUUUAUCAAAUUCUCUCCACUAAUCUUAAAGGGAAUGUAUGAAGAUCAGUGUGGAGAAUUUGUAUGUGGAACGGAGCAACGGGCGGGACGUGUUAUAGGGGUGCUUACCAUUGAGCGAAAAAUCCCAAAUCUGUCGGACGGAACCGAAGAAUUAUUGUAGAGUCUUUUUUCGGAAAUUCCGACCGGAAAAUAAGGAGUACGUACCGUAAUUUACCAUUUCCGUGAGGAAACCGAUAUUUUUACGAAGCAAAACUUAGGACUUAUAAAUUUCUGUCGAUAAUUGCGUAUAAAAUUUCCACAAUUGGGGUUUAUUUCCGGAAAAAUGAAGCCGCCAAAGCCAGGGAACACGAAUUUCCUUUUGGAACAUUCCGACUGGGAAACCUUUUUAGACGUGCCGUUUGGUGCUGAAAAGUUUCCACUGGAACGACCUGAAACGCCUUGUUUGAUUUACUUUCCAACCGAAUUUCCCGGAAACUUUUGUGAAUGGUAAAUCAUUUCAGUUGCCCUUUCAUUCCGGGGAAGCGAUAAUAGUCGGGUGUAUUCGCAGGCUAGGUUGGUCUGAACCGAAUGGAAUUUCUCUUUUCAUUUACCUCUUUCUUACCAAUAGCGAUACUCACGCUGACGUCACCUAUUGAUGCCAACCAGAAACGCAUUGGUUCUGUAACAAAAGAUUCUUUUGUUUCACUCGUUACAAAUUUGAAAAACAAAAACAAUAAUUGCAAACAGUGAUGUCUCCUAUUCCAGAUUGAAACUGAUGAAUCGCUAACCAUCUGACCAUGGGUACUCCAUCCAGGUUUUUCAGUCAAAUGGAAGGCCCUCAAGGUGCUGCAUCCUACCCAGGUGCUUCUUGGGAUUUUCGACAGGUAGUCGCGGCGCAAAGAUCAAGGGAAAGCUUCAAAAACGGAGAGAAACAAGGGAAGGCUCAACGUGAAUUUUUUCAUCAUUCCCACGACCCCAUGCUCCGCGACUACCGCCGAAAAUCCCGAGAAGCGCCUGGGUACGAGGCGGCCAAAGAUGCCCUUUUCUGGAAGGUGUCUUAUAGAAGCUAGAAAGAGUUGACUGUAUUGUGGUCUCUAAUCUCUGUUUGAUGUCAUUUCUUCACAGCUUUGUCAGUGAUAAGAUGGGCGGCUCUGUGGACCGAGAAUCGCUAUCAACGUUCAGUUAUGAACUACCCAUUGGUCAACUAAAAGUCGAUCUGAACUCCAAUAUCAUUCCUAUUGGCAAGAUACAAACCGGAAUAUUUUAUCACCGAGCUUUGCUUUUUAAGGUAAAUUAAGGCUACGUUCACACGGCACCGGACGAAUUUCGACCUGCUAAAAAUUUGACCAGACUUGGUUCACACGAGACCGUUCAAUAUUCAUUGGCCCUGUUCAAACGGAACUUUGAACGGCUUGGCGUCUACAGUUUUGUACGGUUAGGUUGAUGACCUGUGAACGGAACACCUUACUGCACGUAUACUAAAACGGGUGAUUUUCACAGUUGUUUAGUACCAACAGAAUCGGCAAAGAUCAAUCCCAUGUGCCUUUCUUUAAGUAGCCGUGUUUGUAGUAAGAUAAAACUAGUCGAGUACCGAGUUACUAUGGCGACAUAUAUCAUAGAGAAAUAAAAACGUUUGCUUAACUAUAAGCCAGAAAAUGUACUGUUGCUAGUGAAUAUGAGAUGGUGAUCUUCAAGCGGCUUCUGAGGGGAAAAUUAAGAUAUCAUUUUUCAUCUACGACCCAAAGGAAACCAAGCGUGCUGUUUCUUUUGUAGGCUCUUGCAGACCGCAUUGCUCUGAGCUGCUCGCUGGUUCGAGGAGAGUACAAUAGGGCCUGGAACGAGGUGAUGCUUUGCGAUGAAGCACAGGUAAGAAAACGACCUGUGUCGCUUAAUCCCAACCACCCUGCUUUGCAUGCAUCAUUUCGGGGUGUUGAUGGCACAAAUUACUACUGUACUCCACUCUACCCAGAGAGCUUCCCCUUCAUUAUUAACUACUUCAGGUUCUGGUUGUUCGAAAGUUGGAUAGCACUAUUCACCAGGCCCCGGUUGUUCAAACGUUGGAUAGCGCUAUCGACCGGAUAAAUCACUAUCCAGCGGGGAACGCAAUUGUUUCCCGUAAUACUCAUCCGCUGGAUAGUGAUUUAUCCGGUGGAUAACGCUAUCCACCGGAUAAAUCACUAUCCAGCGGAUAAGUAUUAGGGAAACCAAUUGCGUUAUCCCUGGAUAGAUUUCUAUCCGGUGGAUAGCGCUAUCCAGCGUUUGAACAACCGGGGCCUGGUAAACCGCUAUCCAGAGUAUAAAUAUUACGAAAACCAAUUGAACUAUCCUCUGGAUAAUUUUUUUUCCGGUAGAUAGUAUUAUCUACCUUUUGAACAGCUAAGGUCUGUUCGCCAAAAGCCGACGUUGCGUCACAUUCUUUCCUCAGUUCCUAUUUUUUUACCUCUUUGCAUAUGAGUUGAACCAGCAAAUUAAAACCUUGAUCGACCGUAAUGACCCUUGUUGCUAGCCACCUAGACAGAGGAUCUUAGUCCUUUGUCAAGCGUUCCUCUCCCUGGAACGUUCGCGGGUGAGGAACGCGUGACGAAGCCCUAAGAACGUCUGCAUAGGUGUCCUUGCAAAAGUAACUAAUGAAGAGAAAAAACGCGAUGACUGACCCGUUAGUGGAGUCUUCACCGUGUAUUUAAAAUGUUGUCAGAUGAUUUUUAGCUUAAAAUUAUUUUUGUUUGUGUGUUUAUAGGAUGGCCAACCUAAGUUUCCUCCUAAAAGUUACCUUGUGGAUCUGAUGCACCUCCCUGGCAGACUUAUGAGUACCGACUCGCCCGAGGCUUCUCUCUACCAAAGGCUCUAG